AUGAACCUCAUGUCGCCGCCGUCGCCUCGUCCUCCCGCCGACCCGGCCCCGACCUCGUCGUCGCUCGUCUCUAUCGGCCCGCUAGGCAGUAGCGGCGAGCCCAAGAGCGCAGAGCACAUCCUCAAGCCGUGUCACAUCGACCGCCUCCCGACCGAGAUCCUCGCCAGCAUCCUGUCGCACCUCCCACCGCCGACCAUCUUCCUCCACAACGACCGGCCUCGCCUCGUCAACGCCCCCCUCGUCAUCAGCCUCGUCUCGAGGCGGUUCCACGCGGUCAUCCGCGACCACCUGUGGCGAAGGUGCGCCGUCGACGCCGGUGUCACGACAACGAGCCUCGCCCGCGCCGCCGCCCUGUUCCCCAACGCGCCGCACCUCGCGCAGGACUGCCACGAGCUCAGGCUGUUCUUCCAGUCCGUCCAGCGCACCGACUGUCUGGAACGGUGGGCGACGUGGAUGCCCGCCGUCCGGCGCCUGAUCCUUCAAGCCAUCCCUCGGUUCGACCUCGACGAGGCGGCACACUUUCAAGAUCUGCGCCACCUGUCGAUCAGCUUCUCCGAAAUCGUGCUCGAGACCGGCAUCGUCUUUCCUCGACUCGAGUCGUUGCACCUCGGCAAGGGCACCCUGGUGCCUCGCCAGCCCGUCUUCAACAAGAGCACAUUUCCUGCUUUACGUCGCAUUGUCUUCGCGCACAGUCACAUCAAGCCCGUCGUCCAGAACGAGGACAUCUUCCCGAACGACUUUCUCGCCCAGCUCGAUCACGUCGAGGUCGGCAGCUACGGCGCAGAUGCCGCCCAUUACGACCUGCUCUUACCUGUCGAGCACCUUGUCCGCCGUACGCCCAUCCUGUGGCGCCUCGACCUGAAUGUCGACCCCGCGCACAACAUGAGCGCCUUCGCAAGCGCGAGGCCGUCCUUCCUUCACGCCCACUUCCUCAUCCUCAACCCGCUCGAUCCGCUCUUCGACCAGUCCGACGUGGCGACCUGGACCGAGCGAGUGCUCGUCGAGAUGCGCAUUGUCCUCGCGCCGCCCUCGCACCCGCACCUGCGCCUCGUCCUCGUCCCCGCCUACCUAUGGUACCCGUCGCCGCACAACACGACGGCCGCCAACGAGGCGGCGAGGCGCGCCGUCGAGGACGUCUGCGCACGGCGCGGCGUCGUGCUGAGGACGUACGCGGCGCGGCGGGCCGAGGACGCUGCCGCCGUGCCCGAGUUUCUGGCGUUCCUGCGCGAGGAGGCGGCGAGGGACGAGGGGCGGGCGUAG